CUGAGCCUAAGCAAAAGAACUGAUAUUCUUUCAGCUACAAUGAUAGUUUGAAUUCAAUAGUACAUAAGUGUUUGAAAGCAAUUUGGUUUCUGCACAAAGUUGGUUUUGUUUUUUUUCCUCUAUUUUUGGGUGUGUUAAAAGUCAGAUGAGGCAUUUGAAUAGAAGACAAACAAGCUGUAUUUGGUUAGAAGGAAAAAAUGAGCAAACAAUGAGCCUUUGAUGAAGCUUCAGGUAUGAUUGUGAUAAUAGUAUUCUUGGAGUACACAGAAGCAGAAAAAUAAUAUUGUUUUUUGUGGUCUUUUUAAAAAAUUUCUUUCAUCCCUAGUUUUGUUGCAUUGAAUUUGGAGGGAAAGUGCCAUGUGGUGAGCUGAGAUAUGUGCACAUGGCUUCUCUCAUUUCCAAGCUCUGAGACCAUAAACCAGUAGUGGGAAACCAGGAGGUUUUGUGAUUUUCAAGAGAAUCAGUUGCAGAGGAAAACGACCUGAUUGGUUUUAGGAAGUAAAAACCCAGUUUUUUAGGAGCAAUGGGGACUGGGGAACUGUGAGUCUGUGAUAAGAGUAACAGCCCAUUAUUUUCAGUACAAAUCCAAUUUUAUAAGAAAGAAAAAGAGGCAGUUUUCUCGUAGCUUUCUUCUCCUGUGCUAGCUAGUGCAGGUACAUCUGUCACUCAAAUCUCAAAGCACAGCUUGGCAUCACACUGUUUCUUGCUUCCUUAUGCAUGCCAUUUUCAUAUCCCUAUUAAUGUCAUCUGCAGAUUCUGUUUGAAUCCCAUGUAAAAACCUUUCCUUUUUAGCUAAGUGUUUUUUCUAAUAUUUGAACAAGAAAAGCAGUGGAGCUUUAAACUGUCACAUGCCCUUCUUGUGUCUACAAAACAUCUUAUCCUCACUUGUAGUAUUUGCUUUUUCAAUCUAUAGUAGAUCCAUCAAUCAACUUUUAUGGUAUCUUCAUAGCUAAUUUUCUUAUUCAUAUGCCCUUGAUCUAUUUUAUAGCUUAUACUUAAUCCUUAUGUCUUACUAGAAGUUUUAUCUUUUCCACCCAUUUUAUCUUCCAUUUACUGUUCUUGCAGUUGAAUAAAAGGAAAAGUUCUCCUUUUUUCUUGCAUAAUUACUUUUCUCGGGAUUACUGAUUAGUAGGCUAGGCUUUUGUCUAAUUCAUGAACUUGGAAAACACAGUUAAAGAUCAAAUGGCAUCUCCUUUAUGUUGCUUUAGAAACCCACUACCAUGGUUUGCUGUCCUUGCUCCACUGCUAAUUUCUGCUGCUAUUUUGGUCUUUGGGUUCUCAUCCAUCCUCCUAACAUCUACAGUAUUGAUCUUUUCUACCAUUUACUUCACGUUCUCAAAGCACAAACCAGCUGCAGCUGAGAAAUUAGUCCAAGAAAAGGUUCAGAUGGAAGAUGUAAAACCAGAACCUCAGCCUCACAGUGAAACUAUAACACUAAAGAAGGAAGCUCAAGAAGAAGGUAACAGUCAGAUUGAUGACCACUUGGCCACAUCAUUUGAUUCACUUUCAGAGAGUGAAUGUCUCUAUCACUUAUCGACUAGUGAGGAAUCAGAAGUGGAGUGGCCGUUUCAUGAUAAUGUGGAUGAUCAGAGUCCAGAUUACUCCGAUGGUUCAAUUUCCGACGAGGAAAGCCUCAUUGAAAUUGCCCUUCCAAGUGGGCAGUAUGUUGGUCAUAAGGAAGAGUUGCCAAAGGUUAAUAAUCAUAAGCAGCAGAUCAAACUGCCAGAUUUCUCGCCUGAGUCCAUUUUCCAGCAACAUUGUCUAAUGGAGCUCAUAUCAGAGAUAAAUGAGAUGAAUGAGGAAGAGAAUUUGAUUGAGAUUGACAUAUCCAUGGGCUCCAUCAAGUGUUCAAGGUUUGAGAUUGAAGCAUGAAUUUAGUGUUUUGAAAGUUUUUGAUCCAUCCUGGAUUUUGUUGAAUUUAGGAUGUCAUACUUUAUCUUCCUUUACUUUGUUAUAUUGUUGUGAACUGUGUAGCUUUUUUUUUUUCCCCAAACA